UUAAACAUGCAAGCCAAGUUCGUAAUCAUUGCUGCUAUCCUCGCUGUGGUUGCUGCAAGACCACAGGAGGGCCACGGUCACGGUCAUGCUUAUUCAUCACAAAGCAUCGUGUUACAUCAAAGUGGUCACAUUCAACACGCACCUGUGCAGCAUGAAGCCAAGCCCGUCGUGCUGGUUCAUCAGCCUGUCCAACAUUAUGAGUCUCCCAAGCACGAGGAAAAACAUGAAGAACAUCACGUAGACUACUAUGCUAUACCCAAAUACGCAUACGAAUACAAAAUCGAGGACCCCCACACCGGCGACAACAAGUACCAGCACGAGACCCGUGACGGUGACGUCGUCAAGGGUGUGUACAGUCUGCACGAAGCCGACGGCACCAUCAGGAUCGUCGAGUACACGGCCGACAAACACAAUGGUUUCAACGCCGUCGUGAAACGCGAAGGUCACGCCAAACACAUUGUACCUGAGCAUCAUCAUUGA